AAGGCUGUGAUUAUAAAUUGUAUUCUCGCCUUCGGAGUAACAAGCCCUGUGUGUUAAACAGCGGAAACGGCGGAAUCACUUCACAGUCACAGACAACGGGAUCUUCAGUUUGACACACACGACAGUCAAAGAGAAACGUGUCAGCAGCGCAAAUCUACUUGGUACAGUAGCAAACUACUUUGGAACCUUCCUCCUUUUCUUCUUUGAUAAGAGUCUGGGGCUUCAAGUGUUUAAAACAUUACGGAACAUUACGGGGUGACUUUUUGGUGACUUGACGAGUUUUUUUUUAUAAAAAGUUGAUUUUAAAGCUGGAAAAAGUUCCGGCUGAGUGUUUUGCUCUCCAGCCGGCGGUGUUCAGUGACUUUGCUGUCUGCUCGUAGUCUACUGUGUGUGUGCAUUGCAAACCGUAGCCUAUAUGUCCACGAGAAUGGAGCAGCCGUUUUAUGAUGACUCGUUUCUCUCUGCUUACGGUCACGCAGAAGCUGCCGCGCUGCACGACUUCAAGUUCCUCAAGCAGCAGAACAUGAACGUGACCUUCGCCGAGCCCUACCGGAGCAGCUACAAGACACACCUGCGUGCGCCCACCGCCACCGACUCGGACUUCUUCGCCAACCCGGACAUCGCCGCGACAUCGCUCAAACUCGCCUCACCUGAGCUCGAGAGGCUGAUCAACGGCAGCAACGGCGGCGUUAUCACCACCACGCCCACUCCCGGCCAGUAUUUGUCGGGGUACCACCACAGCGGCAUCGGCAGCCGGGGGAUCAUCACAGAGGACCAAGAGGGUUUCGUGGACGGGUUCGUCAAAGCUCUGGACGAGAUGCACAAGAUGAACCACCAGAUGACCGCCCCUCCGAACGUGUCUAUCGGCACCGGUGGCGGCGGCGGGGGGGUCUCCACCUGCUCCUCCGUGGCGGCGCCCUCCUCGGUCUUCGACAACCCCAUCUACACCACGCUCAACUCCUGCGCGCCCAACACUAACCUAACACCGGUGGCCACGCACCACGCCAGCUACCCCACCGCCACGAUCAGCUACCUGCCGCACUACCAGCCACAGCAGACCUCCGCGCACCAUCACCACUUCCACUCGCUUGCCGGCGCCGGUCUGCUUCACCCGCAGCAGCGGCAUCUCGUGUCGCUCAAAGAGGAGCCUCAGACGGUCCCGGACCUCCAGAGCAGCGACGGCGAAGGCGGCGGCUCCCCUCCCAUGUCCCCUAUCGACAUGGAGGACCAGGAGCGCAUCAAGGCCGAGCGCAAGAAGCUCCGCAACCGACUGGCGGCCACCAAGUGCCGCAAGAGGAAGCUGGAGCGCAUCUCGCGCCUGGAGGACAAGGUGAAGCUGCUCAAGACGGACAAUGCCGGCCUCGCGAGCGCGGCCACGCUGCUGCGGGAGCAGGUCGCGCAGCUCAAGCGCAAGGUGAUGACACACGUCGACAGCGGAUGUCAACUGGCACUGACGCCGAGAAUGAAGUCAUACUGAAGCGUGGCGUGUCACACAGACUUGAGGGGGGUGUGUGGGGAGUGGAUGAGGCUAGGAGCUAACACUGGACGUCUCUUGUUUUGAGGCAUGUUUAAAAAAAAAAGACUUUAUU